UUCCUGUCCGUGACGCAAGUGGCGAAGUGGAAGACCCGCCGUCAAUCAAAUUAGGAAAAAAAAAAAACUGGACCAAAGCGAGCGCAGGCACCGAUUAAAGUAACCAUGCUCGGAGUGUUAUUAACCGCGGAUAUAAGUCUUCUAUAAAGAACUCACGUAAUGACCGCGCCUGAAGGGCCAGUGAAGGCGGGAGUGAUGGCGGACAGCAGCAGCGCUCAGGACGGUUCAGAGCAGGACGGACAGCCCUCGUCGCUCGCCCUGCUCGCCGCCACAUGCACCGGCCUAGGACCCGAGAACCGGACAAACUCUGAUAAUGCUGCCGCUGCUGGAGGGAACGCAGACCUCUCAGUGCAGUUAACAGGGUCGUCUGAAAGGUGGGAGGCAGUGAAGGAUGAUUCGGGUGUCCUGCAUCUCCCCGGCACGGGUAUCGUCACGUCCAAUGGACAGUAUGUUCUUCCUCUCCAGAGCCUCCAGGGUCUCCAGAACCAGCCCAUCUUACUCACGUCAGGGACCGACGCGUCCGGCGGCGCAGUGCCUAAUAUCCAAUACCAAGUCAUCCCUCAGGUGCAGACAGCCGAAGGGCAGCUGGGUUACUCUGCCGUCGAUGGGGCCUCAAUGGCGCAGGACGCCGCAGGGCAGAUCCAGAUCCUCCCAGACGGCACCCAUACCAUCAGCGUCUCGGCAUCCGCCGACCUUCUCAGCAACAGUCAGAACCUCAUGACCCAGUCUGGCCAAGUGCACCAGAUCCCGCAGGUGUCUCUGGGAAGCUCGACCUUCAGCACUCAGGGUCAGGUGGUCACUAACGUGCCUCUGGGUUUGCCUGGGAACAUUACCUUUGUGCCAAUAAACAGCUUGGAUCUGGACUCUCUGGGGCUCUCGGGAGCUCAGCCAAUCGCCACCGGCGUCACGGCUGACGGACAGCUCAUCAUGACCAAUCAGAGCAUGGAGAAUUCUGACGGCUCGGAGAAAGCAGGGGAACAGCAACAGACGCUCAACUCUAAUGCAGCCCAGGACAUGUUUGUGCCUACAACAUCUUCAGCAUCCUCCUCGCAGCAGCACACCAGCACGAUAGACGGCACGGGCGUGUUGACACAGGCUGACGGCUCGGGAUACCUCAGUCAGGUGUCUGGAGGACAGCAGGUGAUCCAGUUACAGCAGAUGCCCUUGCAGACCGGCGAGGGUCAGGUGUCUGCUCAGGCCCAGCAUUCUCUCCAAAACAUCCAGCUCAUCAACCCAGGAACAUUCCUCAUCCAGGCCCAAACCGUCUCUCCGUCAGGACAGAUACAGUGGCAGACCUUCCAGGUCCAAGGAGUUCAGAACCUCCAGAACCUUCAGCUGCAGACGGCUCCAGCUCAGCAGAUCACUCUUGCCCCGGUGCAGACGCUGUCUCUGGGUCAGGGAGGUACAGCAGUCAGCCUGACCUCCGGACAGAUGCCUAACCUGCAGUCGGUGACGGUGAACGCUGUGGGCCAGACAGGCAUUCAGUUCCAGCAGUCGGAGGACACCGACAGCACUGGAGAUAUUCAGAUUAAGGAGGAGCCUGAUUCGGAGGAGUGGCCUCUGGACAGUAGCUCUACGCUGAAUGCCAAUGACCUCUCUCACCUUCGUGUUCGUUUAGUGGAGGAGGAGAUGGAGGGAAUGAACCAGGAGGGCAAACGUCUGCGAAGGGUCGCAUGCACCUGCCCCAACUGCAAAGAGGGAGGCGGGAGGGGAUCUAACAUGGGCAAGAAGAAACAGCACGUGUGCCAUAUAGCCGACUGCGGGAAGGUGUAUGGGAAGACGUCUCACUUGAGAGCUCACCUGCGCUGGCACUCGGGAGAGAGACCCUUUGUGUGCACCUGGAUGUUUUGUGGGAAGAGGUUUACACGCAGUGAUGAAUUACAGCGACACAGGAGAACACACACCGGAGAGAAGAAGUUUGUGUGUUCAGAGUGUUCGAAGAGAUUCAUGCGCAGCGAUCACCUGGCCAAGCACAUAAAGACGCAUCAGAACAAGAAGGGAGGGGGCGGAGCUGUGGUGGCCAGUGUGGGCGGAGCCAUGUCCUCGGACAGCAUCAUCACGACGGGGGGCACCACACUCAUCCUCACCAACCUCCAGCCCGGCACCAUGCAGGGCCUGGCCACCGUCAGCGCUACCGUCAACACGUCUAGCUCACAGGACCAGCUGAGCGCAGCCGAGAUUCCUCUGCAGUUAGUCUCCGUGUCCGCCGGGGACGCGGCCGAGUGACGCCGAACCUCUGCUCUGGGAAACAGUCUGUUGGACUGCCAAGCUUCUGCCUCUUCCCCACAUCUUGAGACUUCAUUUUGACUACAUCGAUUCCACGCUAACGCAUAUACCUUGCUUUUAUACCUUUACAUAUUUACCCUCCUUUACGUAAAUAUGUACUUUUACGUGAAUGCAUAUAUACACAUAUAUAUAUAUAUAUAUUUUACAAAUAUAGAAUUAUUGGGGGUUUUGUUCAUGUUUUUAUGAGGGAAGCAUUAUUUCUUGUUUUCACGUACAACACUGAAAUGCCUUAUAUUGUAUUAUAAGCUGGCGUGUACAAAGCUGGAGUUCUUCAUGGGUGUCAAGCAUCUGUUUCAGUGUGUUCUUGUUGGAAUGGGAAUAAUCGUGUUGUUGUGUUAAGAAUGCAGCGGUGGGGACAAACGGGUGGCUGAUGUUAAAGGAGCAACUUAGCCAAAAGUGAAAAUCCUCACAUUAUUUAUUCCCCCUCCAUUACGGCAUUCCAAACUUCUGUGGGCUCUUUGAGGGAAAAUUGAUUUCUUUCAAUGCAGCAGCACUUCCACGUCUGUCAAAAAUUCUCAUCAGAAUAGUCAAUGUGACUCAGAUGCUGGAUACUAAAUCAUCUGAUAUUGCGUUGUGUGAGAAACAGUCCCUAAAUGUAAGCUUUUAUUCAGUGAAAGUCAUCUCAUCAGCCCCAGAACUGAUCUGUUCCUCACACAAAGCCUCAGAAGACCGGCUCUGAACUAGUGGGGAGUAAGUAAUGGCAGAAUUUCCAUUUGUUGGUGAGCGGUUGUUUCAUUUUAAUUCUAGUUGGUAAGCGAUAUUGGUGGUGUACGUUCUUCACAUGAGGAGGAAGAUGUAAAACAUGAACUCCAGAGAGAAGCCUGCCAGUGUGCUCUUGGGAAUCAUAAGGGUGUCCAAUAGUGUCUUUACAUGUCUCCGAUGCUCCUCAUGAACAUUCAUUUGAUGUUUUAUUCUGUAGGUAAACCCAGGCCCAACAAAUGGGGAAGAUAUGAAACAAUCAUGUAUUUAAAAGCAUUUUAUGUAUCAUGAUUCUCAAACCUCUCAGAGUUAGUUGAUCAGAUCUUUCAAUAUGAAUUUGUUGCGAAUGAAGUCUUUUUUGAGCAAAAGGAUAUUUAUAUACAUUGUAACUUGGAUUUGUCCACAACUGCUUUUCUAAGAAAAAAGAAAAAAAAAAAACUUGCUUCGGCUUUACCUUUUUUAAAGAACUGGACUGUAUUCGGCAUCAAGAAUCAUUUGUAUGAAAUGAAUCGGUUUGUAGUUUGCCAAAUUGAAUUCGCACUCUUUGAUAAAGUAGAGAGAGAAACUGUUGAUUUGUGUUUGAUGGUUUGCAGCAGUAAUACGCAGAUCUGUUUCAGGACCAAACGAGCAGCUCUGAGUGUCUGGCGUCAGUUUAGCAGUGCUGUGUCCAAAUACUGCGGCCGCCUUCAGUAGCAGCCAAUGGGGAAGCGUUACACAACUGCAUAACUGUGAUGAUGUGGGUGACGCUCACCGUGGUCGAUGUGUAGGUUUUGAAUUCCCUCUCCUUCAUUUGCUUACUGUAGCCAUGAGUCUGGCACCUUUACUCACAGAGAGGGAUGUUUAGUAAGGAGCUCACACUGCAGGUCUUCAGGGAGGAUGCACUCGUUUGCUGUCCGUCCGUGUACAAGUGUGGCUUUGUUUCCACUUUGUACUGGACAAUUAUUCUCCGCUUAUAUGUUUUUAUUCCUUUAAUCAUGAUUUUUAUGUUUCUUUAUCUACCGAAGUUUGAGUACCAUUGCCAAUUUUUGUGUUGGGGAUGUUAUACUCCUCGUAGCCAAGUUUGUACCGAUCAGGAGUUUGAUUGAAAAGGUCCAGCAGGGUUAAUGGCAGAUAAUGAAACACUAUUUUGUUUUCUGAUUUGAUAAGGGUUGUUAUGUCACAGUGAUCCAGAAUCAUGUUUUUUCCUACUCUGUGAAGUCUAAUUCGAUUUUGUUCUUUAUAUAAAGCAUCUUAACAUGUCCCUUUUCUGUUUUUAUUUGGUCAUUUUUCCAAGAAAGCUUUGGCUUAUUGUACAAUGCCCACUUUUGAGGGCAGCUGUUUAUUUCACACUAAAAAUGACUAAACAUA